AUGACGCCGAUCAACGUCUCCGAAGUGCGCGCAUUUUUGGGGAUGGUGGGCUACUACCGACACUUCGUCGCGAACUUCUCCCGCAUGGCGAAGCCGCUGCAUCAUCUUACCAAACUCGGAACGGCGUUCGAGUGGAGCCCCGAACAAGCGCGCGCGUUUGCGGCGCUUAAAAAGGCGCUCUGCACAGCUCCCAUCUUGGUUCGUCCCAACCCGGUGAAGCCGUUCAUCGUCGACACUGACUACAGCACCGAUGGAAUCGGCGCAGCUCUCAGCCACCUGGACGACGACGGAAAAGAGCACCCCAUCGCUUUCGCCUCCCGGUCGCUUCAUGGCACCGAAGUCAACUACUCGACAACCGACGGGGAGCUCCUGGCGAUGGUGUGGGCCAUCACCGUCAAAUUCCGACCAUACCUUUACGGCGGGCCCACUUUCACCUGCCGAGUGGACCAGAACCCGCUGAUCUAUCUUCAUCAGCAGCGGAACCUCACCGGACGGCUGGCACGCUGGCACAUGAAGCUGAUGGAGUACAAUUUCACCGUUGUACACCGCGCUGGGCGCAUUCACAGCAACGUGGACCCGCUAAGCCGGCACCCCACCCACGACCCACCCGAAGAGGACUGGGACGACCUCCCCGCUUAUGCCAGCUUCCCUUCCGCCGACUUACCCACCGGCGAGGCCCCUACGGUUCUCAACAUCACGCGCUCGCGCCAGCGCGCAACAGCACCCCCGCCCUUCGAAAGGCGCGAGUGUUUCAACUGCGCGCGACCCGGCCACUUCUCUCCGGUGUGCCCUACGCGCGCGCGACAGCUCACCACGGCGGCUUUGCCAGAAGUCAACAUGAUCCUCGCGGACGACUUGGCCCCCGACUGGAUGCCAUCCUUCGAGACGGCUUGCGCCGCGCCACCUCUGCCGGAAUGGGAACCUGACGUCAUCCCGCUCGACGUCUUCUCCACCUACCAACCCAACUUUGGCGGCGAACUGGUGGAAGCUGCUCCGACGGUCAACUACUGCGAGCCCAGUGCCGACUGGUGGAAAGGACGAAUCCCCUCCCCCCCACCCGCUGAUCAGCCCGGCACUCCACCGCUCGUUUGUACAAUUGACCGAGCCCGGGACGUCUCGGAACUGCAAGGGGACAGAGGUGUACCCACCAUACGCUAUGAGGACUGGGCCCGCCAGCACCCUUCCGUUCCGUACGCCAAGAAGGAGCCCUCACCGGAGCCAACAACGACACUGAACGGAGCAGUAGCGAUCCCUUAUCGACUAUGGGCCGCCCAGCACCCGGACUUCGCGCUUCAGAAGCACGCGAAGGCGCCCGACGCGACUCCAGACGCGGCCUCACAGAAGGCAGCAGCGGAGGGAGCGGAACAACCUCUACCAACAACAGCCGCAUCACGGGAGCCCGUGAUGGAGCCUACCGAGGCAACGGCGGAACAACCUGACCCAGACGAAGAAACGGAGGCGUGCUUAGCGCUAGCUGCACUCGCAGCGCCCUCGGAGACUAUCAACAUCGGGGAAAAGCGCGACCUAACGGAGACCGAAGGCGAUCAACCGGAGCCCCCGACAAAGCGCUUGGCGCUGGAGGACCGUACAGCUCUGGCCGUGACGUCAUCACCGGAGGCCGAACCACCGAGCCCCGCUGAGCCGUCCCUCGCGCUGACGUCAGCAUCAUCCUAG